GUCCCCGCCCGCCUCGAGGCGCCGGCAGCGGGCGGCUAGCGGCGCUCCGCGCAACUUCGGCGGAGGACGGGAGCGUGAAGACACGCAGGGCACUAUGUCACUGGCAUCCUGGUUCAGGUGGAAUGAGCCCCCAAAUCGGAUUUCCCAGAGGAACCCCACAGAGAUGGUGGUUGAGACGCUAAUGAUGGAGCUGAGCUGGCAGAUCAAGCAGGCAGAGAAGCAGCAGCGGGAGCGGGAGAAUGAGUAUCGCAAGAUCAAGACUGGGGUGGACUACGGCUGGCUGGUCAGCUAUCCAAAGCAGAGCUAUGAUAUCAGCCCAGGAGAAAGGCUGCAGCUGGAGGAUAUGUGUACCAAAAUACAUCCCUCCUACUGUGGGCCUGUCAUACUCAGAUUCCGGCAACUCAUUGCUGAAUACGAGCCAGAAGUGCAGGAAGUAUCUCGACUCUUCCGCUCUGUUCUGCAGGAAGCUGUUGAGAAGAUCAAAGAGGAGGAAGACGCCAAGAAGCUCGCCAAGCAAUGGAACACAAAGAACAAAACCAGCCUCUCCUUAACAACGUUUAAGUCCCGGUCCAAGAUCUCCCCGUUCAUCAGUGACAUCAAGACCAUCUCUGAGGAUGUAGAGCGGGGCACCCAGCCCACCAGGAGGGUUUGGAGCAUGCCAGAAUUCCGGAAUGCCAAGGAUUACUGACUCUGUACUGAAAAAGGUUUUUAAAUAGUGAUCUCUCCAAAUCCCAGUUAACCCUUUUUUUAGCUCUACCAUUCCUUCUUCGUUCCAGCUUUCCCUUACUGUCUGCCUCUCUCAGAAGCUGUGUCUAUAGUAAUUGCUGCUGAUGCCCACAAAAUGUGACAAUUACCACACAUGCUAGCUUUUCCUUUAAUUUCGUAGUAUUCAGUAACUUUAAGGGCAAGGCUCACUUAAUAUCUCAUUUAUAUUACUGCUUUUUUUUUUUUUUUUUGGUGGAAAAUUAAUUUGUUUUGUGAUACCUAUUUCUUCUCCCUUUCCCCUCAGCCUGGAUGAAGUUACCUACUAAGCUAUUGGCCCAAGCUAGUGAGAGCUGCUGGCUGAAUGCAAGAAGGCCCAUUUACAUGAGAAAGGCUUGCAGGAUCAGGCCUGUGAGCUAGGGCUAGUAUCUGAGUCAGAACUGAACUUCUUUUUCCAAUUAACAACCUUCCUCAGUGCUGCAGGAGAUGCAGGUAAACCCAGUGCUGCUCUUGAGUAGCAAUCCAGCUCAAGCAAAGCAGACUCAAACUUUUUGAGCUGGAAGACUAACCUAAUUGCAAACCACGCUCAGGUUUCUUGGGUAUUUUCUCUUAUGCAGACAGAACCCCUGAACCUUGUGCCUGCAGAGCAGAUAGAAAUGUAACACUGUUGUGGGUGGAUACAUCAGUUCUGUGUCAAAAGCUCUUCUUGGUCCUGUGUUCUAUGUUACUGAGGUAAGUGCAUCCCAGUAGUAAGUCACUGGGCUGAAAUUAAUGUUUAUGACUAAGUCUGAAAGAAUACUGAAGGAUAGUAUCAAUGAAGGGCGAAGGGAAUCAGCAUUCAUCUACAGCACUCUAUACAGCUCAGAGUUGAGAUCAUUUCAAUAAGCUGUUGUUGUGAAUGGCUGAAGGGCUCCGGUAGAUGAAGGUCCAUUCCUUCACUCUUCUCUCAAGAGUGCUCAGAGAAGAGCUUUCCAGUACUGCAGGCUGCUGGCCAGUGAGUUGAUACUAUGACAGAAGAAUCUUUAAUGAAAACUGAACAGCCUGUAGGCCAGCACAGUUCUGCUGAGACCUCGAGUAAACAAGAAAAUACCAGUGAGGAAAAGCUACUGGGGCCCUAACUCAGCAUCCACAGGGAAAACUCUUACCAGGAAAAGAAAGAGAACAUCACGCUGUAAAAAUCACAGUUCCUGUAGAGAGAAGCCAAGGACUAGGAUGCUUUCUGGUGACCAGCGGGAGCUGGGGAAGGAAGAUAGGGAUCUCCCCCUGUGACUGGCUUUUGGGGAAUCAUCCCCACUGGGAUGUAGCCUCCUGGAGGAUGCUGCACAGCUUUGUUGUUCUUUUGCCUGUUUCCAACUCUUUUCCCCAGGGAUUUUUGUAACAGCAUGUGGGUACUACAGCCAAAACAAAAUCCUUUGAAGCUAUGCCAACCCUGGGAACAAUUCCAGCACAUGAAAUUUAUCCUAGAGUAGAAAUGUGCAGUUUCUUCCAGAGUUGGGAGAUCACAGCCUAAAAACAAAGAUCAAGAUCAAAUCCUUAACAGCUCUCUAAGAGUGAGGAAUUCUGGCUCUUUCUCACUCUCCUCUGGGCUAGUUAAGACUAAACUCAAGGCUGUAGCAUCUAGCCCCUUCGUAAACACUGCUGCAGAGGAUCGCUUUUAAUAAAAAAAAAAAAAACCCAAAAACCUCAGGGCUUCCAAAUACAUCACCCAGUUUAGCACUGGCUACUUCAGCUCCAGGUCAACAGGGGAGAGGUUAAAGCCUUCUGACAAUCAACUUGGUGUUUUUCAGCUCUAUGUCCUUGUGAAGUAGUGUGACUGUGUAUAUGAAGUACAACAAAAGCUUGACGUGUUUAGCAUAGCCUUAGGUAUCUAGAAGUUUUGUGAUCCCUGGCAAGAUGUCACCAUCUAAAAAAAAAAAAAAAUACUGUUUUGAAAAAAGUUAACCUUUUUUUAAUAUAUUUGCAAACCACUAUACUUGCUGGACUGAAGGCUGAGAUGGGGUCAUGAAUUUCAUGCUACAAUUCUGUAGUCAAUUUUUUGUACUCAAGUUUUAUUUUACUGCCUUCAGUACUGACUGUUUUGAUGCAAUAUUUGAUAGACUGUUGGCAGAAAAGGGACAUUCGGAUACUGACGUAAAACUCUUUUGCUACAGUAUGGUGUCUGUAAUGUGCUCACUCUAUCCAAAGGAGAAUGAGGAGUAAGUAACUUUCCUGCACUAAUGUACAAAGCCAAUGAAAUCACCUGAAGAUUGUUCACAAUAUUAUCACAGAAUCCUGUGAUCAUACUGUAUCCUUCAUUAACAACCUCCAGCUAGCAGAUAGCAUUCUUGUUUUAUAGUCAGUGGAGGGAGACAAAUCUGACCUUUGGUCAAAGCCAUACACAUAUGAGGGCCAGGCUGUGACAGUACCUGUGAUAGCUGUCAAGCUUCAGUUUACCUGCCAUCUCUAAUUCCACAGUAAAAUGUAAUCCAAACUUUCAAAUACUAUCACUUUCUCCCUGUACCUCUUCUGCAAGUUACACUGGGCUCACAGAACCAUCUGAUGAUGAAGGGAUAUUCAGGUACUAAUCUGGCCAUCUAGUACUCUGAAAGGUGUAAAACAAGCACUGUGCUCACCUACAACCAGCUACUUGGAGACUGACUGCAACUUUUUGCACAGUGUAUGCACCAGCAGGUACUGAAGCAGAGCUGGGGAGGUGCUUAGGAUGCUCAACUGUUGCACUGUGCUUGGAGCACUUGUUUUUUCUUAGGAACUGUAAACUGAACUAAAUGAUUCUUUGGUCACUGCAUGCAGCAACAAGUAACUGCUCAUUUUUGCCUUACCCUAAUUCCAUGUUUUGUGUGACUGAAUGAGAAUUUGAGAUUAAAUCAACAGUGUGCAACUCCUGAUUGUCCCUUACCUACUGAGCUAUGGUCCACAUACCUGAGCAGACACAGUGGGCAAACUAGAUUGCUUUUGGAUUAAGCUAACCUAAAUGAUCUGUUGCAGCUGACUCACAGCUUUGCAGACCAUGAAACAGGACUAAUAAAUCCUCCUGAUGCUUGUACAGUGUGAACAUUAAGUCCUUACUGACAACUAUUGCUUUACAGCUCUGCUUCUCCUAGACUGCACUGCCUACUAGUGUAGAAAAGCAUUCCUACACAAUUCAGAUGAGACUUCUGUUAUUAGCCGCUCUAGAGAGAGUCCAGUGAUUUAAUUCCUAACAAAGAAUGAAAAGUGAAAUAGUAGCACAACAGUAGUAACAAACAACUAAGUAAACUGAACAAGAAUAAUUCCAAAUCCUCAUUCUUUCAAAACUGAAGAAAGACUUUGGUGUCAGCCUAGAGCAUCGCUGUUGCCCCAUCCAUGGUAGUGUCAUGCUGUCCCAAGGACAUUGGUACACUCAGGAAAAAGCAGAGACUUCUAUUACACAUGCUUACAUAUAAUGGCAAUGCCACUACAGCAGCUCAGGUGCAUGGCUCAGCUUCAGGGGGCUAAAACACUUUUCAGAGUUGCUACUCACCUAAGAAAGAAAAUGCAGCUCUGCUCCUACAGCCUAGUCUGGCCCACAGGCUGUUGUGGCCAAAGGUGUGCAGGAGGAAAUUCUUCACCUCUAUCAGCAUACAGCUCAGACAGCUGUCGCACCUUGGGGAACUAAAGUAUGCUUCACAGGAAAUACCUGUCUACUGAGAUUGCACUGUUUAUGUAUUUCAUCAUGGAACCUUAGAGGAUUAAAGCAAAGCUAUGAAAUAUAAAACAAAUUUUUGUAAUUGUUGUCGUUAAUUAAAGAAGCAAUCUGUCCACAUCUAAACACACACAAGAGCCAUUCUAGUUCUCUACUGCACACUGUGCAUGUAUCAAAGGACGAAGGCAAGAACGGUAGACACCAAGGCUAAACAAAAAACAUCCUCUCUACAAGGUGCAAGCGCAGCCACUUGCUUUCUGCCUUGCUACCUCUUCAAACAGAUCCCAAGAUGUAAGGUGAUAAAUAGGUAGGACUAAACAACUGCAGAAAUCUGAAGUUCUCUGAAGCUAAGCGGUUUACAGAUACAACCUUGACUUUAAAUCUUCAUCAGUGUGCUUCCAAGCACGUCUUACAUUAAUCAGUAUUACCACAAAAUGAGAAAAACAACAAAAUGAAUGUUUUGUCACCAGAUACUUUUGAUUCAAGUCACUCCUAUCAGUUCUAGAUACUGGAAGCUUUUAAUAUUAGCAUACAGCCCCAGGUGGCUCAGGGCUCCCUGCACUAAGCAUUCACAUGGAAAGCAUGUAAGAGUUAAACAAGAGGAAGCUUACCCCCCCCAACACAAAGUCUCAUUGAAAUAUGGACUGCAUUGCUCAGCAAAUUGCAGAGAUCAGAAAGAUGAGUGUUUCCAAAAGGGAGCUCCAGGAGAAAACUGAAGUAAGUGCUCAAGAUACAGACUACAGCAGAAAGCUUAAGCCGUUCCUUCCCAGAAGCUGUGCAAAGAAGCAUACCGGGGAUAAGCAAUAUCUCUGUCUUGUUGCUUACACUCCUUCCCCAGAACACUGCUACAGGCUGCUCCAAGAACUGUUGAUGGUUGGGUCUUGCCCAGAAGGCCAUUUCCAGUAUUCCUGUAUUAACUUCACCGCUCAGACAGAGGAGGAUAAGCUGCACGGUGCAUGCUAGUUUUGCUAAAAAAGCAUUCUGGAAAGCACAGGACUGUGCGAGUCAGCACCUUUUUGGUUGUACCCUACAACAGAGAAAGGGCUCUGAAGCUUCACUGAGUUCCACCCACCUGUGCCAGGCACAGACAUCGCAGUCUGGGAGCCUGCCUCUUGCUGGUACUGCCGUCUGUGCUGUGGCUCUCUGCACAAGGGGCCUCUUGUUCCCUCUGCGUGAUCAGGCAAGCUGUGUUUGAAGCUGGCUCGCAUCAGGAAGACACAGUAGUGACCCCAAGAGGUGGGCUGCAGGGCCAGGUCUCCCACUACUGGCAUGUGUUUUCUGUGCAGUUGCUGUGUAAAGAUACUCUCAAAUUGAAUCUUUGCAGGAAGAGAUCUUACUAAACAUGACAGAUAGGCAAAGAGAAAAGCUACAAGAACAGUGAAAUAUGUGGUGGUUCAUUAGUGUCUGUGUACAGUACACUUCAUAAAAUUCCUAGGGUCCUGACUGGAUAAGCAGAUUACAGCUUGUCAGCUGUUACGGUCACAAUUACGUGUUGCCUCUACCAAAUAAAUCUAACCUGCCCAGUGGAUGAUAUGGCAGGAGAGUGGGGAAAGAGAAAUGAGUUUUCUAAAUCCCAGUAUCCACUCUCAGAAUAUAAUUAUUGUUAUACCUAUCUAGUGAUUAUAAUGCUAUAUUCUCAGAGGCUUCUAAUGGGUCAAGGUCCAUGUACGGUACCUCUACAGUACUAGCCUUAUUAUCAGCAGUAUCAGAUUGCCUAAAGCAGCAGACCACACGUGGUUUAGUCUGAAGACAGGUUAAAUAACCAGAUGCAGAACAAAACAGUGCCACAGAAAUACCCCUCUUUCCAUUUUGGCGUUAUUCUGACACUGGAAGCCUACAAUUAUUUAGCAGGUGGAAGACUACGGUGUCGUUUCUGAAGACCUCAGCAGUUCCUGUAAGGAUGGUACAAGAGCACCCAAUCCUUCCAGGUCCCUCCUGGCUCUCAGCAACUCGCUCCUGUUGCAUACAGCUACUCAGAAGUUCCAAGCUUUCUUUUGCCUUCUGUACAGCAGAAGCAGCAGGACAGACUGUGGUCUGUUCCAAAGGAGGAAAUGGAGAAAGACUGGAUUACAUUCAUAGGACAGCAGUAACAAACAUGCACCAUAGGCAACACAUCUUUGAAGGCUAAUUAGAGGGUUUCAGAAUUAGCGCGAAGCCAAUGUCCAAAAGGAGAAAAACAAAAAAAACCCUGUAUGAGGCAGUGCAGACGGGCAGCAGUGCCACCUGCUGGCUCAUUCUAAGCAUCGAUUAACAGGAAACAGAAACUCUCUAACCCUGCCUUUCCCGACAUAUACCGCUUCCUCACUCUUGUGCUGCCUUUCUCUCAUAUCACUGGCAUGCAGAGAACAGCACGCGAACAAAACGCAAACCAAAUACAACUAUAUUAGCACCUGGAUGAAAAAUAGCACCAGCAGUUGGCAUGCUGGUACCAGUUAUCCUCUUAACGCUCUGUACCUCUGCCACCAGCGAACGUGGAUCAGGAUGGAUAUUAGCAGUGCUCUUCACGUUGCUUACAAAGUCAAAGCAUGCUUCCUCAGAGCCACCAACGCUGCAUCCUGCUCUCCCUGCACAAAACACUAGAUGCUUCCUAUUCCUCGUGAGUCACACCUUUAGGCCAAAAAUGAGCAGGCAGAAAAAGAUCACUGCUCUCAAGAGCCAAAGAAAUCAUGGUCUCUGCACUGGACAGUAAUUUGGGUGAGUCGUUUUGUCCAGAGAUACAGAUGGAAGGCUGGGCUGGGCGCGUGCUGAUAAUUCUAAGCAACAGCUCUUAGAAGGGCUCACCCCCUACAGCUCCAAAUGUAAUCAUUAACUGGCCUGGUGGAUGUCCUGGGGUGCCCAGAACCUCACAGCCCUCAGAAGAACCCACUGCCAUGAAAAUCCAGCCGUUUCACAGAGUGCUCAAAAGAGAGCUGGACUCGAGAGCUGAGCAACGGUUUUGGAAACCUGUUUCUGAACGGUCACAGCAAAGCGCUGGAGGACUGACACGUACAGCAAGCCGUGUCAGAGCUCCACCCAGUGGUCACCAGGGCAGGUUCAGCCAGCUCUCGACUGACCCUAGGUCAAGUUACUUCAGCCUCAGACUUUUGGCUUUCCCCUGCGUGUAGAGCUCUGUCCUCCUAGCUGCAGAGGGAGAUGUUCCAAGAUGUCUGGGAAGCCCAUAUAAUCCUGCAGCACUAAACAUCCAAGUACAUCAAAAUGGCACAAUUUGCCUAAGUUGAACCAUACUCAGCACUGAAGAGAUCAAAACCGCACGCCCUACCCAGCACUGCAGCUUGACAUAUCCUAGCUUAACACAGCAAGCACUUCCAAGUCUAACUGGUAUUUCUGACUGUUUCAUCAAUUUCAUCGCAGUACUUUUUUGCACAGACAAAGGAGUCAAGUUCAGGAAAAUUAUAAACCCGAGUGACAAAGGACUGCAUUGCUCAUGAGAACUGGCUGCAUCACUUAAGUACUUGUAUCAAGUAAAUACUCUUUCAUAUUUGGAUUCCCUGAGAAGAGAAACUUAAGAAACUGCUCUAUCCCCUCCCAAAACCUUUUGAGUCUACUAUCAACUGUAGCUACUGGGGAGGGAUCUUUAGAAAUGUCAGGUCCCUUUCCUGUUUGCUCACUAGAUCCAGGAGUUCCAAGUGAGCAUCCCUCCACGGGACAGACAAAAGCCACACAGCAUUAUAUACCUGUGCACACAAAUGCUAGUAGUAUCAGUGAGUUGGAAAGGGCUUGAAGAGAAAGGGGAAGAAGACCUGAGGGACCAAGUCUUACCAAUUCUGCUGCUAGUAGCACAUUUGGUGAGAAUACUUGAAAAGCAGGAUCCUGACAAGGAAGAAGGGCAGGACAGCAGCAGUUCAGAGAAUAUAUCUUCUACCAGUCUGCCCCAACAGCGACUUCUAUUUCAGAAUUUCAGAAAGAGGAUGUAAUAGGGAGAACUCGCACACACAAAAUGUAUGCUUCACGUCUGAAAGACUCGUACUGUUUAACAUUUUAGCUAGAAUCUCAACUUGUCCCGCCAGGUAAGCCCCAGAAUCCCUCGUCACUUCACCUCUGCCUGCAGUCCAUGACUUCUUACACCAGCAGCUUUCCUUCAUCCCUAUCUCAUGCAUUUCCAUUAUUCUAGACUUCAUCUUUCCCUACAGUAAGCACUUUUUGGAGACCUGGUAGCAAAGCCGUCGUCUAUCAGGCUGACAUCCCCUGCUGCUACACAGUUUCCAUGCAAAUUUCUAGAUCUGCACCUGUUACCUUGCUAUCACAACCUUCACACGUAGUUCUGUCUCUGGUUAAGCUGGCACAACAGAAAUUUGAAGCUGCAUUAAGAAGUUAUGCUUUAGUUAAAAGGUCAACAAAAAUAAAGUUCUUCGUGGGGCUGCACGGCACUACAAUGACUCUGGCUGCAGAGGCCUAUGCUUACUGGUGUGACUGGAAUCUGUUGGCCAGCUCCAAAGAGCAGCCUCAAAAACACUCGGUUCCACCAAGCUGCAUGCAGAGCAGAUGCACGAUUGUAGUGACUCAUUAAUAAAUCUGUAAUAAAUAAUACAACGUAUGGAAUGACAAGGGUGUUAGUAUAUUUUAACAGUGUGUUUGGAAUUAACCUCCUUAAGAGAAGCCAAAAGAUAAAAGCUGCUUAUCUGAGUAUGACAUUCGGCAUCUCUAGAUAGAAACAUAGAUAGUAGUAGUAUAAAUCAAAGUACGAUCCCCAUGAAGCAAAGAAGGAGUUGGAUUCUUUUGUUUUUCCCUACUAAUGUUUGAGAACAUUGCUUUGACAAAUGCUUCCACCACUAGGUUAAAAGUCAAGGAAACUCCAUUUCCUACCCCUGUGUUUUCAUGUUUUAUGUUCAGAAGAAUAAAAUAAUCAAACUUUUCUGAAUCAGGGAUUCAAUCUCUAAAGCGUUAAAUCUCUGCAACAACUGCAAAAUGUUCCACAACAACAACAAAGCUACAGAACAAGCAGGAUUCCAGCACCUCCAGAGGAUUUCACAUCAAAUUUAAAAAUUACACCUUGAACAAUAGUACAAAGUCUUCAGAUUUCCUUAAAACACCAUGCUAGACACAGACUCAAAGAGCUUUCUAUUUGUUUGCUCUGCAAUUCACUCCUCAUGCUCUGACCACCUGAUAUUCUUGCCAAAGGCAACCACGCUGAGGCCUUUUUUAGGCACACCUCUCAGUGGCUCCUGAGGAGCGUCUGCCACAUGAGUGAUUCAUGAGGAAUUUGUGUCAGAGUUCUGUACACAGGGGCCUAUUGCCAGGGCUCUGGGAAGAAGUGAGCAGGCUCUGAGCAGACUGCUGAGGCCAAAACACACACACACACACACACACACACACGCGCGCACACACACACACACACACAGGUUAUGCCAGGCUGCAGCUGCAUAUCCAGACCUGGCUCAGCCUCGGAGCAGACUAGCAACACACCUGGGCAUCUCUGUCACCGCCUGCCUCACAACCAUUCCUAUGGCUCUUUCUCUCAGAUGCAUGCUACGUGCUGGCAGCACUUCAGACAGAGGAAGAUUUGACAAACAGCUCAUGGGGUCAGAAAGGCAGGCCAGAUCUUCAGGCUUCUUAGCUCUAGGAGCUGCAACUCAAGAUAUGGGAGUAAAUUAGUUACAGUGAGUGCAUACUGCCUGUGAACAGCUGAUCCAGAUAAACAGAACCAAAGUCCUGCUUCAGUUUUGGAAUAAAAAUUAUCCAGCUACCAUUAUUGCUCCAGAAUAUUUAGUAUUGAUACUUCUAGUAACAAAGAGUAAUAAAACUGUCCAGAGAAAGACCACACCUCACGCUCUGAAAUAAAAUUAUAUAUUAAUGAAUGAACUGUCAAAAAAGCAUUUAUGUAAAAGGAUGUUCUAUUUACAAAGGUCAACUUGCUCUUCAGGACAAGUAAAACCACUACUGGAAAAAAUAUACACAUAGAAAUGCCUCAUCUUUCAACAGACAGUUACAAAUAAUCUGCUUUGUUUAAGCUACUGGAAACUUUAAGAUGUUUGAAAUUAAAAGCGUGUUCUGCAUGCAGUUAGGAUAGAACUGGACCUCAGUGUGUCAAUUCAUGUCAUUGCCAAUGACGCACUCUUAGGCUCUUCUAAAACACCACAGCCUGGCUGUUACCUUAGCAUCUCAAAAGAAGGACAUGGAUCUUCAUUAACAAGUUGUCGGUUGAUCUUCAUUUUGCCAUUAAAAAAGGACAUCCUGAUUGUCUCAGCAGGAGAGUCUGGUCUUGUCAAACUCGACAUCCUUUUCCCUGAGUUUUCUUUAGC